CAACUUUCUUCUGCACCCUCACUUCUUCUGCUAAACUUAUGACAUGGAAAUCUUUAAAAAUUCAGAUGAGGAGGAGAGACUGAGGAUGAGGGCUGCUGUUUUGGAGGAGAACGUCAAAUCUUGUGAGCUGGAGUGUAAAGCCAGCAGAGAGACGGUGCAGAGGCUGAUGGCAGAGCUGGAUCAGGAGAAGAAGAAGAAGACAGCCAGCAGUGCAGCAGCACUUGAUUCUCUCAAAGAGGAGUUGGAAGGCCUGGCGGUGGGAAGGAGGGGCGUGGAGACAGAGAAACGGACCUUAGGCGAAAGCCUUGACGCCAGCAGGAGAGUGAUAGAGGCGGCCAGGCGAGAGUCCUGCUGUUUGGAGAAACGGGUGGAGGAGUGUAAGUCCAAGGCCCAGGCGGCUGAAUUGAAACUUCAGCGGUUCCUGGCGAAGGUGGCUGGUCUGCUGCAGGAGAAGACUGAGCAGGAGUUCCUGCCCACAGAGAGAGACGUCUUGCACCAUCUGGACAAUUUUUUUUCGCAGACCGUAUCACAGGUAGAGAUGAGAUUGCGUCACACCUCUGAGGAGCUGAAAAAGCUGACGGCGCUCCAACUCAGCACGCUGCAGAGGGCUCAGCUUGCCGAGCAACAAGUCCAGGACCUGAGGAGGCAACUGCAGAGUCUGGAGACGGAGCGGCUGGAGGCAGAGCUGCAUCGGGACGAACUACGACGCAGCAACAAACAAUAUGAGGAGUUUGUGGAGCGGCUGUCUGAGACGAUGAAGGUCGACGGUAUUGACCCUGACCUGGGCUUCGACAUGAGGCUGAAACUCGUCCGGUCACGCGCAGAACAGCUUGACAGGCAAGAGGCGGCUGCUCUGGUGGAGAGCAAAACGCAGACGUACGGCUUAAAGCAGAAGGUAAAGUCCCAGAAGGACCAGCUGGACAGAAAAGAAUUCCACGUCCAGCUUUUGAGGAAAAAGGUUUUAGAGCUGGAGGAGGAGAGAAGAAGUCGAUCUGUCCUGUCUGCAGAACAAAACGACGCUCUUCUGGAGGCCCGGAAGUUUAAAAAAAGGCUGGAGCGAGUCCAGGGAGAACUGAGGGCGACCAAACUGUCCAACACUGAGCUCAAGGCCCAGCUCACCCACACCAACGAGCUCAAGCUGAAAGUCACGGAGCAGAGUCAGACCGCGCAGAAGCUGAAGAUGAAUCUGCUGCUGGACGGGAAGGCGAAGGCGGAGAAGAAGCUGAGCACGGUCAGCUCGGACCUGCAGGACCAGGAGAAGAAGACAAGAGAGGAGCAAGAGCAGCUCGACGUCCUCAGAGUCAUCCUGGCUCAGCUGUCUGAACGGCAGAGGGAGCUGCUGGAUUUCCAGUCAAAGGUUUCUCAGACGCUGGGCCUGAACUCCACAUCUUUAUCUCUUUCAAACAAUGAAAUCAUCCAACUGCUUGAGGAGCUUCUUCACAGCCAUCAUCAUCAUCAUGUCUGCCGUCACCAUGACGCUACAACCUGCCAUUGCUCCACUCACCACAGUCUUCCUCUGCUCCCGGACCUUCCUGAAGGUCGUUUCACCUCGGAUGAUUCUGUCUCAGGUUCUCCAUUUGCUGCCAUCUAAAGGUCUUUAUGUACAACAAAUGCCACCUAAGAUUCUGACAAAUAC